AUGCUCCCAAUCACCACAAGCCUGAUCGUUGUGCCAGCCCAACUCCGCAAGGGCACGAAUCGGUAUCUCUUCGAGCAUUUUCUCCACGUCACAGCAAAACGAAUGGCCGGAAGAACAUACCCCGAGAAUCCGUUCCUCUCUUGCAAUCUCAAAAUUGCUUCCGGUAGCACCAUAAUGCAACAUGCUAUCCUUGCCAUCAGCGCUUCUCACUUGCUAUACAAGAGGCCAGACAUGGCCGAGACAUGCGCAUCUCAUUACGCGAUUGUGCUUCGAUCAAUGAAACAUGCCGUCACACGGUGGAAGGCUCUUGAUACACGCGAUCAGAUUGCGCUGCUGGCUACAGCCCUUGCCCUCUGCUGGUUCGAGGUUAGCCAACCUUACUGA